AUGGCCAAGGUCGAAGAUGAUGGGAACGAGGAACGGAUCGGUGACUUCGUCAGCACCCUGGGUCUGCGGAGAUGUCAACUGCAGUAUUUGCCUGGGUGGACCCAGAGUCACUGGGGAGCGCACCAUCUUUGGGAACAGGUGGGCGUCACCAACCUCACGUCGUCGAACCGGUUUCCACCCGCAACCAUCGCAUGCUGCCACGUCUACUCGGUCGCCUGGAGCCUACUGAACUUCUCGACGCUCUGGCUAAGCUGGUGGCACCCCAAGGUGACCGCCACGCCAUUGGCAGUCAAGAGCGGCGACGUGGACACGGUGAAGGUGCUGAUCACGUUAGACGAGGACGUCAUCCUCAAGAACCGCGAGACUUGCCUCAGCUGGACUCUCGGGUGCUCCGAAUCCACCCAGUGGCUCCGGUACGAUGACGAAAGAGAGUUGGAGAUGAGGGAGGCUCUGCAGAUGAGUACGUCCGUCGCCAGGUUCGACAAUUUGGUCCGCCUGGACUUCCUCAAGUCCCUGGGCAUCAGGGUCGAGCAGCAGCUCAGGUGGUCACCGCUGGCCACUCGUGCUAUGGCCUAG